AUGCGCGAGCGGGUUGGUCGAGUCGAGGCCGGUGUGCCAGCGGCCGCUGAUCCAGCCAAGGGAGUUACAGGACCGGCAGCGACGGGCGGCAAAUUCGCAGGGAGCGGGUCGCAGAAGCGCGUGCAGUCGCGGUCAUCGAAGGCGGGGCUACAGUUCCCUGUGGGGCGUGUGCACCGGUACCUGAAGCGGGAAACGCAGCACUCGACGCGGGUGGGGGCGAAGGCGGCAGUGUACACAGCGGCGGUGCUGGAGUACCUGGUGGCAGAGGUGCUGGAGCUGGCGGGGAACGCGGCGCGCGACCUGAAGUCGAAGCGGAUUUCGCCGCGGCACCUGCAGCUUGCGAUCCGGGGCGACGACGAGCUGGAUCUGCUGGUGAAGGCGACGAUUGCGGGCGGCGGCGUGAUCCCGUAUAUCCACAAGCAGCUAAUGGAGAAGGGAAAGAAGUCGGCGCCUAACUAG